AUGCUUUUUCCACUAUUUAUUUAUGCAGUAAUCAUUUAUGAUGCACAAAGUGAGAAAGAAUGCGGGGAAAACGAAAUUAAAAGUCAUUGCGCUGGUUGUGAACUAAAGUGUGGUCAAAGUGAACAUACUCCAUGCCCUGCGAUUUGUCGGCCCAAUGAAUGCUACUGUUCACCUCAAUCUUAUCGCCGAAAUGCAUCAAUGGCUUGCGUGCCUAUUAGUGAAUGUCCUGAACCAAGGAAAAAAAUAAGUGUUAGAUGUGAGAAGGAAAAUGAAAUAUAUAGUUCCUGUAAAGGAUGCGAAGGGAAAUGCGAAACUGGACUAAAAUCUUGUCCACGCAGGUGUUUUGGGAAAGGUUGUUAUUGCCCAAUGGCAAAGGGUUAUGUUCGUGACGAAGAAGAGAAUUGCAUCAAACUUAAAGACUGCAAAUGA